GCUGCAUUUACGUUUUAGUAACCGUCAAUCGUCGUGAAGGAAGGCUCGACCAGUAUAAGUGAUCGGUGAUUCGUGUGCCAGCUCUUUCUCUUUUUCGCUCGCUGCUAUCUGUGUGCGCUCUUUCUCUCCUUCCUCUCGAUCUCUGCUCGUUUUUAAUGGUGCGUUUGCGAAUCGCGCCGAAACUCGAAUGUUAGUUUGAUACAUUUCGCUCGCCCUUCGUAUUAAUUUAAUUUCACAUUGUCCGUUUGUUGCUCUCGUGAUCAUAUAUCCCGGAGGUGAGAAGUGAGAGGUGUAUCCGGAGGAUGGCGAACUUGAAGGUGCGUGUCGAUUCGCCAAAGGUGCGUUACUCGGAGGAUUUCAUCGAGGCCGAGUACGAGUAUCGGACGAUUAACGUAAUCGAGGAGGACGAGAACGAUCGCGAUACUUACACGGUGACACCUAUGUCGACAAAAUUGCUGAUCAGGACCAUGAUAAAAGUUCCGAAGCUAGGCUUGAUGCUGGUAGGCUGGGGUGGUAACAACGGUAGUACCAUAACAGCAGCUUUAUUGGCAAACAAGCUUAAAUUAUCGUGGGAGACGAAAGAAGGUCUGAAAACUGCCAACUGGUAUGGUUCCCUAACACAAGCAUCCACGGUGAAAUUGGGUAGAAGAAUCAAAGGGGAAGAUAUUUAUGUACCCAUCUCUAGCAUGCUACCUAUGCUGAAUCCCGAUGACAUCGAGAUUGAUGGAUGGGAUAUUUCAGAUGUAAACCUCGCGGAAGCCAUGACGCGUGCCAAAGUGUUGGAUGUAAAUCUGCAGGUACAGUUGCGGCCCUAUAUGAUUCACAUGCGGCCCAGGAAGAGCAUAUACUAUCCUGAUUUCAUCGCUUCGAACCAGGGCAAAAGAGCAAAUAACAUCAUCAUGGGUACCAAGGCCGAGCAACUUAAUUUAAUUCGCAAUGAUAUAAAGCAGUUUAAGACUGCAAAAAGUCUCGAUCAAGUUAUUGUCUUAUGGACCGCAAAUACUGAAAGGUUCUCAGAGAUUAUAACAGGUGUCAACGAUACAGCCGACAAUCUAUUGAAGUCGAUCGAGGAAGAUCAUUCAGAGAUCAGUCCCAGCACCAUGUUUGCUGUAGCAGCGGCUCUAGAAGGAUGUACCUAUAUCAAUGGAUCGCCACAAAACACUUUUGUGCCGGGUACUCUUGAGUUAGCCAAGAAACAGAAGUCAUUCGUCGGUGGCGACGACUUCAAGUCCGGUCAAACAAAACUCAAGUCCGUUCUUAUGGAUUUUCUCGUAUCGGCUGGUAUAAAGCCAGUGUCGAUUGUCAGCUACAACCAUUUAGGGAACAACGAUGGAUACAAUCUAUCUGCACCGCAGCAAUUUCGCUCAAAAGAGAUCUCCAAGAGUAACGUUGUAGAUGAUAUAGUGAAAUCCAAUAAGAUUCUCUAUAAGCCUGGAGAAAAGCCGGACCACUGUGUCGUCAUCAAAUACGUUCCCUACGUCGGUGACAGCAAGAGAGCUAUGGAUGAGUACACUUCUGAAAUCAUGCUAGGCGGUCACAACACCAUCGUAAUCCAUAAUACAUGUGAAGAUUCGCUUCUUGCGACUCCCAUCAUUCUCGAUCUUGUCAUUUUAGCUGAAUUAUGCUCUCGUAUUACCUUUAAGAAAGCGGAUACCGAUGAUGACGAAGAAUUCUCUGGCUUCCAUAGUAUACUUUCUAUUUUAUCAUAUCUCUGCAAAGCCCCACUAGUGCCCCACGGGACUCCAGUGAUAAAUGCCUUAUUUCGACAACGGGCUGCUAUCGAAAACAUUUUGCGAGCUUGCUUAUCAUUGCCACCGGAGGAUAACAUGUUGCUUGAACACAAAGUCGAUUUCAAGAUUUAAAGAAAGACGAUGAGAUUAGGAGAGAAGAUAGAGAGUAGGAGAUAAAGAAGGAAAAGAGGAAGGAAAUAGAAGAGAUAUAGAGGACAAAGAAAAGAGUUAAAGAAUGAUAACGAAAACUUGGCUCGUUUGUUAUCAAAGGAAGAUGGUAAUUCGUUUUUUUUUUUAACCUAAUUUCCACUCUUUGUUAUCAAACAUCUGAUAUAUGACAGUAUAUGUACUGUUUAUUUAAAAACUAUGAAGAGCGCGGAAAUGAUUGAAUUGAGGACUGAUUUUCUAAUUUUAUUACAAGCAAUUCAAUUUUGAUAUGAAAAUGUUAAUUCCGUCAAUAUUGACAACACUAACAUUGUAAUGAACAUAAAUUUUCGAUCAUAUUUUUGAAUACUCAAUUAUAUUAAUCGGU